AUGAAAGACAUCGUAAAUUUUGUGUUCAUAAUUGCAUGGAUGACACGUUAUAGAUUUUUUGAAGCUAAAAAUCUUGUUCCAAUGGAUCCAAACGGUUUGGCAGAUCCUUAUGUGAAGAUCAAACUGCUGCCCAGUGAUGAAGGAAGUAAAUCCAAGCUAAAAACAAAAGUUUGUCGAUCUACCCUAAAUCCUGUAUGGAAUGAAACUUUUUACCUAGCUAUAUCAAACGAUGAUCAUUCAAAGCGUCUUUCAGUUGAAGUUUGGGAUUGGGAUCGAACCUCCCGAAAUGAUUUUAUGGGUUCUUUUUCGUUUGGGGUUAGCGAAAUCAUCAAAGAAUCAGUGUCAUCAUGGUAUAAACUAUUAAAUCAAGAGGAAGGGGAAUUUUAUUCACUACCAUGUGUUGAUGAAGCCGGUACAGCUGUUUUAGAAUUGCGUAAACGUAUGGAACGUAUGUCUACUGAACAUUUGAAUUUGGCUAAUAAUCAAAAUAAGAUGUCAACCUCAUCCACAAUAUCACAGCAUAAACCAGAUAUCCCUCGACCAAGUGAUUUCAACUUUCUUUUUGUCUUAGGGAAAGGCAGUUUCGGAAAGGUUAUACUUGCUGAACAGAAGCAUAUGGAUGAACUGUUUGCUGUAAAAAUUCUGAAAAAAGAUGUCAUUUUACAAGAUGAUGAUGUGGAGUGUGCUAUGACAGAGCGAAGAGUACUGGCUUUGCCGAAUAAAUCUCCAUUUCUUGUUCGACUACAUUCAUGUUUCCAGUCUAUGGAUCGAUUAUAUCUUGUGAUGGAAUAUGUAAAUGGUGGAGAUCUUAUGCAUCGCAUUCAACAAGAAGGGAAAUUUAAAGAACCCGUAGCUGUAUUCUAUUCAGCUGAAAUUGCAUUAGGUUUAUUUUAUUUGCAUAAUCACGGGAUUAUAUACAGGGAUCUCAAAUUGGAUAAUAUUCUAUUAGACAGUGAAGGUCAUAUUAAAAUAGCUGAUUUCGGUAUGUGUAAGGAGGGGAUAUUUGACGAUAAAAAAACAAGAACAUUUUGCGGUACACCUGAUUAUAUUGCUCCUGAGAUAAUUGGGUAUGAACUAUACGGGAAGUCUGUGGAUUGGUGGUCGUUUGGUGUACUAGUUUAUGAAAUGCUUGCAGGUUUGCCUCCAUUUGAUGGUGAAGAUGAGGAAGAACUAUUCCGAAAUAUUGCUUCACAAGAUGUUGCUUAUCCCCGACAUAUGUCCAGAGAAGCCUGUAUGAUUUGCCGUGCUUUACUGGUACGAAACCCUAAUGAGCGACUUGGAUGUGGACCGAGUGGAGAAAAAGAUAUUCGGCAGCAUCAGUUUUAUCGUCACAUUGAUUGGCAUAAAUUAUCAAAUUUAGAGAUCCAACCACCAUUCAAACCUCGCAUUAAAAAUAAACGAGACGUGAAUAAUUUCGAUUCAGAAUUCACUAAAGAACCACCCAAGUUAACGCCAACCGAUAAACUAUUCAUAAUGAAUUUAGAUCAAACUGAAUUUUCUGGAUUCUCCUACGUGAACCCUGAAUAUAUACUAGAAGUGUAAUGAUAUUAAGUUUAAUGAAGAAGUAAAAAGUUAAUAUUGUACACAUAAUUAUGUUAGCAUUUCAAUGCUCAAAUUAAUUGAAUUUGUCAAUCAUGUGUAAUCGUUUUCCAAUUAACACUACACUAUUUACACAGCUUUUAAAAUUUCACAAUCGUAAAAAAUCACAAAAAUUAGUUUUCAAUGCUAUUCAUUCAUUUUUUUUUGUUAACUAUUAUGACCUAAUACAUUGAUGCUUUUGAAUAUGAAAAAAAACUUGAUUAUGAAUUUUUUUUUUCCAACGAACAUCAUCAACCGGAUUCGAUAAUCAAUGAGAGAGUGAUAAAAAAAAACAGACCAGAAGUUGAUAUUCAUCGCCACUGCAUAAUUUUGUUCUAUAUGAUUUUUUGCUCUAUGCAUAUUUGUAUAUGUUAGUCUUUCGUCAUUGAUCGUUAUGCUUUCCCUCAUUAUGUUGCCUAGCUAUUUGGACUGUUUUUUAGGCCAUUAUCCAGCUUAUAUCUUCAUCGCCAUGUUUUCGCAUUUUUUUUUCUGUCACUAACAUAAAUGCACAAUCCUUCGAUGAUUACAAUUUUUUUUCGCUCUCUCUCUGUCUCUCUUAGUUUUUCACGAUUUGUUGAGUUUUUUUCUUCUCUUUUUUCUCUCAUUUACUAGAUGUCUUUUUUUUUCCGGAAAAAAAACUAAUUCAUCAUUUUGUUGACUAUCUGAUAUGAAUGCAAUGCUACUAUCAUCACCUAUUUGUAUUUCAUUUGUGCAUGUAUUCUUCAUAUUGAUUACUGAAUUCAAAUUCUCAACUUGCAGAAUUUUCCGUAUUCAUUAAAACUUUGAUUCAGAAUGUUUUGUUACUAACAGUUACUUGUUUUCUCAAUGCUUUCUAUACCUCUAUGAAUAUGUCAAGUAAACUAGUCAGUCACACGAUCAUGUUUAACAACAUAUAAUGCAAGUUCUUAAUUUCUCCUCCUCAAUUUUAAUGAAUAGAAAGUUUCUGUUCAAUAUUGUUUAUAAUAUAAUUUACUCACUGUGAAAAAAAUAUAAAACAGAUUACAUUGUCACUAUUUCAUACGAUUUUUUCCAACUUCUAUGGUCUGUAAACUUUGAUUUAUUGUUUUCAAUUUGGUCCAUGAUUUGUUGAUUUUUUUUCUUUGAAUUGAUACCUUAUAGGACUCAUUUAUUGUGCAUACAUAAAAAAAUAUUUCAGCCAAUUUAUCACGUGUUCUUCACUUACCUUUCGAUUUUUCUUGCUUUGAUGAACAUUCUUGAUAAGUCGAAAUGUUUUCUCACUGUUUAUUCAUAUAUAUUAUGAAUUUCUUAUGUAAGUGCCUCUAAUCUCAUGAUUGUUUUUUAUGUUUAUGUUAUCUAAUUGUUUCAGUAGAAGGAUAUGUAGCAAACAUUACUUGAUGAGGAAUAUUCCUUAAACCUGAUUAUUGAUGUCCGACUCUGAUACUAUGGUGUUACUGAAAAUUCCACGAGUACUAUUUAAAGUGUAAUUUUCCUUGAACUUGUUCUUGGUGUAUCAUGAAAAUAACUAUAUAUUUUGUGAUAAACCACAAAGUUUGAUACAUCAUGAUUGAUGUUGUUCCAGUUUAUAUGAACCUCAGAUAAAUAUAUAUUAUCAGACGA